AUGGAUCCUCCAACACCGCCACCAGGGGAUGCCAAGCCCCUCUUAGACUUCCAGAAGAUAGGACACAACACCUAUGUCUGGACCUCAGCCGCCUAUCUUUCCAAAUCACCACCAGAAACACCCCUCAUACUUUUAUUUUCCUGGAACGCCGCAGCCGCAAAGCACAUUGCCAAAUACACCAUCGCAUACCAAAGCCUCUUCCCCACAUCCCGCAUCGUACUAGUGCGAUGCUUCACCGAGGAUUUGUUCCGCACCAACGCUGCCUAUGCACGCUUAUUCAAGCCGGCCAUGGAUCUUGUGUCCUCGCACACGGAAAGCGGAGGCCAAGUGCUUGUCCAUAGUUUCUCCAACGGCGGCGGGAACCAAGUUAAUGAGUUUGCCAAGGCGUGGAAGAAGAAGUUUGGCGCAAAGAUGCCGAUGCGGGCGCAAAUCCUCGACUCGAGCCCGACCAAAGGACCCUGGAUGAAGAGCCACGCUGCCAUUUCUGCGUCGCUGCCCAGGACAUUGUUCUGGGCUUGGGUUGGUGGCGCGCUGGUGCACCUCUUUCUUGCGUGCACGUGGCUUGCUGAUCUGAUCCGGCGCAAGGAAAACACCAUGGUAGUCCUCUGUCGGGAGUUGAACGACGAGACGGUGUAUGACAAUAGCGUACCAAGAGUGUAUUUGUAUAGUCGUGCGGAUAUGAUGGUGGGAUUUGAAGAAGCGGAUGAGCAUGCUGAAAUCGCCAUGUCCAAGGGAUGGGACGUGACCAAAGUGCAUUUUGAAAAGAGUGCGCACUGUGGACAUAUACGAGAAGAUGCAAACAAGUAUUGGGCUGCGGUCAUGGAGGCCUGGAAGAAAGGACCCAGGGAUGAAUGA